UGACGUUUGCUGCUGUUUCCUGCAGCAGCCGAGAGCAAGUAAAUCGUAAACAAAAUAAGGAUGAGAUAGUACGAGAAAGGAGGAGGAGAUUAUUACCAAAUAAAGUACGCACGUUGGAUGGUUCAUUUUUUGCUUCGCCAGCAUUGAUAAGAACACGCCACCGCGUGCAGAAGAAGCACGGGAAGAUUAAUAUCAAUCGGCCAGCAUCAUCACACACGCGUCCGGUUCUCAUAUGUUUUUAGUGAGCAAGGAUUUCACAAUAGCAUGAAAAGGAUGGAUCUGGAACCAGCUGCAAAGGAGUACCAGGAUGCGUUAUCGAAAGUACAACUGGUGGAACGCAAUCCGGCCCCGAAUGGCACGGCGAUUGUGAGCAUGUACCGGACGGGUGUGCGGGAAGCGAACGACAUUGUGACCCUUGCCAAAGAGAUACAGUCGGCCGACGUAGCGGUGACCAAUAAUGCGUGCGCCAAGCUCGUUAUGAUCGCGGAACAGGUUCGCUUCCUGCAGCAGCAAGCGAAGAAGAUUCUGGAAGAAACGCAAGCUGCCCAAGAACUGCACCAUGCGGCGUGCAAUUUUCGUAAAAUUCCCGGUCACAUCUAUCACCUGUACAAGCGACCGUCGGGCCAAACGUACUUUAGCAUGCUGUCGCCGAACGAGUGGGGUCCGAAGGGAUGUGAGCAUCAGUACCUGGGUAGCUAUAAGCUGGAGUUCGAUCAAACGUGGACACCGGUGGACAAAAUUGAACAGGUGCAGGAGAACAUACGGUGGGCACAUCGUGUGCUGGACACAGGGCUAAACUCGCAGCGAAACGGUUUCCUAUCGAUAGACGAUGUGCCAGCAGAAGACAAGCAAGCGGAGUCUUAGAAUCUACAACUUUUAAACGGUUAAGAGUGGAAUAAAAACGGAAAAAUCAGUUUUAUGAAAACUGGAGCUUCCACUAAAAACACAA